CCUCUUCUUCUGCGCCCCUCUCUCCUCCCGAGCCGCACGCAGACACCACCGCAGAGCGCGCACCCCGUGUCGGCAGCUGAGCAGAAGCAGCGAGCGAUCCAUGGCGGCCCAGGCUCUCCUCUCCGGGCGGCAGCUGCUCGGCCGCCCCGUGCAGUCGGCCGUCUCCCGGUCGUCGUCGGCCAGGAAGGCGCCCUUCGUCGUCAGGGCCAGCUCCAGCCCGCCGGCCAAGCAAGGCGCCGACAGGCAGCUGUGGUUCGCGUCCAAGCAGUCCCUCUCCUACCUCGAUGGCACGCUGCCCGGCGACUACGGCUUCGACCCGCUGGGCCUGUCCGACCCGGAGGGCACCGGCGGCUUCAUCGAGCCCAAGUGGCUGGCCUACGGCGAGGUGAUCAACGGCCGCUUCGCCAUGCUGGGCGCGGCGGGCGCCAUCGCCCCGGAGAUCUUCGGCAAGCUGGGCAUCAUCCCGGCGGAGACCGCGCUGCCGUGGUUCAAGACGGGGGUCAUCCCUCCCGCGGGCACCUACAACUACUGGGCCGACUCCUACACGCUCUUCGUCUUCAACAUGGCGCUCAUGGGCUUCGCCGAGCACCGCCGCCUCCAGGACUGGUACAACCCGGGCUCCAUGGGCAAGCAGUACUUCCUCGGCCUCGAGAAGUUCCUCGCCGGCUCCGGCGACCCCUCCUACCCCGGGGGCCCGCUCUUCAACCCGCUCGGCUUCGGCAAGACCGAGAAGGAGAUGAAGGAGCUCAAGCUCAAGGAGAUCAAGAACGGCAGGCUCGCCAUGCUCGCCAUCCUCGGCUACUUCAUCCAGGGGCUCGUCACCGGUGUCGGACCCUACCAGAACCUGCUCGACCACCUCGCCGACCCCGUCAACAACAACGUGCUCACCAGCCUCAAGUUCCACUAGACCGUGCGGUGCAUCACGGGUGUGCCGCCGCCUGUUGUUGUAGUGGGAGGCGAGAGGUGAUCGAUCGAUGUGUGUUCAUAUGCUGGCUGGCUGGCUGAUGGAAGAGGGGUUUGAGGUGUUGCAUCGUGCAUGAUCUAUCAUCCGUGGCCGGCCUGCUCGCUGCUUGUAACAAAUUAGUAAUUCAUCCUGUUAAUUGAGACCAGAAACUGUAUUGCGCAUGAUGGUAAAUCAAAUGUACAAUUCCGAUCGACUCUAGUGUUAAUGUUGUAUAUAUGGUGAGCCACGACGUCA